UUCUCUCUUCUCUCUUCUCUCUUCUCUCUUCUCUCUUCUCUCUUCUCUCUUGCUCCCUCUUCUCUUUCCCUUUCUCCUCUUCUCUCCCUCUUCUCUCCCUCUUCUCUCCCUCUUCUCUCCCUCUUCUCUCCCUCUUCUCUCCCUCUUCUCUCCCUCUUCUCUCCCUCUUCUCUCCCUCUUCUCUCCCUCUUCUCUCCCUCUUCUCUCCCUCUUCUCUCCCUCUUCUCUCCCCUCUUCUCUCCCCUCUUCUCCCUUUUCUCUCCCCUCUUCUCCCUUUUCUCUCCCUUCUCUCCCUUUUCUCUCCCCUCUUCUCCCUUCUCUUUUCAGCCUCUCUCACCCUUCAGGACUGCAGCCAUCUCUAACAAAGUGAAGCUCACACAGCCUGGUGCCUGUGAAAUCGGGACUCAAACAUCCUCCAAGUGUUUGUGAGAACGUUGCAAUAACAAAGUGCUCCGUGUGCCUGAAGAAUGCCGAGGGAACAAAAGCCACAGCAGCCAAGCAGGGACUAGGGAAUACUAAAGAGUUGUCAGGAAUUUUAACAUACAACUCUCUCUCUUCCUCGUCAGUGAGGGUUCUCAGGAAGCCCUCUGGCUUAUCGUAAAGCGGCACGCAGCGCAGCCAGGGGCUGGGGAGGUGAAAGGUGGCUUCCUGCCAUUCUUCUCUGGAGCUGGGUUCCCAUGGGCGGUCAUGCCAGCGUGACUGGGGCUUGUUCCACACUCGUGUGAAACGAGGAGCUCUGCAUCCAGGCUGCUGCAGGGGACUGCAUUUUCAUGGGCUAACGGCGAGUGUCGGGUUUUCCAGCCAUGAACCGCUUCCAUGGACUCUGCAAGGUGUGCUCGGAGCGGAGAUACAGGCAGAUCACAAUCCCUCGAGGAAGCGAUGGCUUUGGCUUCACCAUCUGCUGCGACUCCCCGGUCCGUGUGCAGGCAGUGGACUCUGGUGGCCCAGCAGAAAAGGCUGGUCUGCAGCAGCUCGACACCGUGCUGCAGCUGAACGAGCAGCCUGUGGAGCACUGGAAAUGUGUGGAGCUGGCACAUGAAAUCCGGAACUGUCCCACUGAGAUCAUACUCCUGGUGUGGAGGCUGGUCCCGCAGGUGAAGUCGGGCCCCGAGGCCGUGCUGCGCAGGUCGUCCUGCAAGUCUGCCUACGAGCUGCAGUCCCCCCCCAACAAGAGGGAGAAGAACAGCACAAUGCCCCCACGGCCCGAGCAGCGCCGCAGCUGCCACGUGCUGUGUGAUGGGACUGAUGGGCUGGUGCUCAACUCCUGGGAGAGGUACACGGAGCUGGGCAAGCGGGGCCAGAGCACCAUGCCCCCCCUCUCCAGGGUCCCCUCCACUGCAGACCAGAACUACAUCAUCUUGGCACCUUUGAACCCAGGGAGUCAGCUGCUGAGGCCUGUCUAUCAAGAGAACAACACUACUGUGGGAGACUCAGGCAAAGGGAAAUCACACAUGGGCUCUGGGAGAAAAUCCAGGCUGAUGAAGACUGUGCAGACAAUGAAGAGCUAUGGCAACUACCAGAACUGCACCAUAGUGAGGCCACACAUCCCACACUCCAGCUAUGGCACCUAUGUGACCCUGGCUCCCAAAGUGCUGGUGUUCCCUGUGUUUGUGCAGCCCCUCGACCUUUGCAACCCAGCACGGACCCUGCUGCUGUCAGAGGAGCUGCUGCUUCACGAGAGCAGAAGCAGGACUAUACAGGUGACCCUCUUUGUCUACUCUGACCUGCUGCUCUUCACCAAGGAGGACGAGCCUGGGCGCUGCAACGUGCUGAGGAACCCUCUCUACCUGCACAGUGUCAAGCUCCAGGAGGGGUCAGAGGAUCGGAAGUUUUGCAUCCUUUACCUGGCAGAGAAGUCAGAGUGCUUAUUAAGUUUGGAGGCUUACUCCCAGGAGCAGAAGAAGAGGAUCUGCUGGUGUCUGGCUGAGAACAUCACCAAGCAGCAACAUCCAGCCUCGGCACCCACGGACAACAAGAUGCUGGAGACGGAUGCUGAGAAGCCGGGGCAGAUGCACUCAGAGGACAGGAAAGCAGCUGAAGCUCCUCCAGGUGCAGAGGCACCAGCUCCAGGUGAGCCCUGGGAGGCUUUGGGAGCCACAAAGGAUCCUGUCCUGACAGAAAAGCAGCUGGUGGCCACUGAGAGAGGAGAAGAGCAACCCAGCACCCUGCCAGCCUUCAUCAUCCCCGAGCUGCGCCUCGACAGCACCUUCAGCCAGAGCGCGGCAGCCGCGGCGGGCACCAGCACGGACGGCGAGGACGAGGACGAGGAGGAAGAUGAGGAUGAGGAGGAGGAGGAGGAGGAGGAGGACAGUGAUGAGAACUACUUGGAGAGGAACGAGGUGAAGCGCAGCAGCAUGAUCGAGACGUCGGGCUGUCAGCCCGUGUACACGCUGGGCGUGCAGAGCUCCCUGCGGCGCCGCACACACAGCGAGGGCAGCCUGCUGCAGGAGGCCAGGGGCCACUGCUUCACCUCUGACACCACCCUGCACUGCUCAGACAGCCAGGGCAACAAGGGCCACUGGGCCCUGCCCUCCCCCAAGACCCUCAAGAAGGAGCUGGUCAGAAACGGCGGCUCCGUGCACCAGCUGACGCUGCUGUUCGCAGGCCACAGGAAGCUGAGCGGAGCUGACCCUGAAUGCAGCUGUGACGAAGGGGACGAGACCUCCCGCAAGAAACGGAGCAGGAACCUAGCCAAGGACAUGAAGAACCGCUUGGGGAUCUUUCGGCGGCGGAACGAGUCGCCCGGGGCCAACCCGGCUGGGAAGCUCGACAAAGUGCUCAAAUCGCUCAAACCCACUCCUGAGGAAGCUCUCAAGUGGGGGGACUCCCUGGAGAAGCUGCUGCUGCACAAAUACGGGCUCGCUGCCUUCAGAGCCUUCCUGCGCACCGAGUUCAGCGAGGAGAACCUGGAGUUCUGGCUGGCCUGUGAGGAGUUCAAGAAGAUCAAAUCCCAGUCUAAGAUGGUCUCCAAAGCCAAGAAGAUCUUUGCUGAGUACAUUGCCAUCCAGUCCUGCAAAGAGGUCAACCUGGACUCCUACACACGGGAGCACACCAAGGAGAACCUGCAGAACAUCACCCGUGGCUGCUUCGACCUGGCUCAGAAGAGGAUUUACGGGCUGAUGGAGAAGGACUCGUACCCACGCUUCCUCCGCUCUGACUUGUACCUAGACAUCAUCAACCAGAAGAAAGGCAGCUCCCCUCUGUAGACCCCCCCAGGGACUGUGUCGGGGCAGGCUGGGAGCUGUGUGUUUACAUGAGCUGGGGGAUGGCAGAAGCCUUCCUGGAGGACAGCAGGACUUGCCCUUCCCGCCGCUGUCUGUGCCCACAAGCCAUGGGCUGAGCAGGCUGGGGCUGCUGCAGCGCCGCUGGUACGACGCCGCUGGGGGGCUCAGCCAGGAGGGAAGCUCCCACCACAACACUGUGAAACGUGGCCCUGAGCUGGGAGGCCACCAGUGACCCUCAGCCAGCGAGGACAGGAGGAGGCUUUUGCUCAGGGGGCAACAGCACUGCUACCAACAUCUUGCCUGGAUAACGGAGCUGGGAACUGGACCAUCGCCCUUCCCAGUGCUGCUGUGCUCCCUGUGCUGCUGAUGCCUCCCCUGAGGCAGCUCCUGGCAGGUUCCUCCUUGGUUCACACCACGCUGGGGGUGUGAAACCACCCUCCUCCUGCUCCCACCCCUCGGUUAUUUAUUGACCUCCUCUAGCUGGAAGCGUUGCUGUGCGAUAGGAAAUCCUCUUGUCCUUUCCCCAAGUUCCAAGUGCAAUAUUUGUGUGUGUCUCUGGAGUUCUCAGAUGGAGUGGAUGCCUUUCUGGGUUUUGGGGUUGGGGUUUUUUUGAGGGGGGUGUUUCUAAGUUUGCAGGUUUUCUCUGACAAGGCAGUUCCCUGGCAGCAGGCCAGCCAGGACAGCCUGGGGGUGACAUAUCGUGACGAUGGGAGAGCUUGGUGAUGGAGAAAAGCAGCUCUGUGAAUCAACAGCUCUCCUUACUCUGGAUUCAAGUGUUUUGGUUGUUGCUGAGCCUUGGAGGGACUUGCCUGCCUCCAGGCACCAUGUCUAUGGCAUAGAAGCAUCUCUGCAGCUGCCAAAAAUACAUUGUCAUGGUCAUAGGUAAAUAAA